AUGUUUUUCCUCCUGCUAAUGUUGAGCCUGGGAUUGCAGCUUCAUCAGACAGCAGCUUUAUUCACAGUGACAGUCCCUAAGGAGUUGUACAUAGCAGACUACGGCAGCAAUGUGACCCUGGAGUGUGACUUUGACACUGGAGGUCAUGUGAGACUUGAAGCAAUAAAAGCCACUUUGCAAAAGGUAGAAAAUGAUACAUCGUUGCCUGCUGAAAGAGCCGCUUUGCUGGAGGAGCAGCUGCCCCUGGGGAAGGCCUUGUUCCACAUCCCUCGAGUCCGAGUGAGGGACGAAGGGCAGUACCGCUGCGUGAUCCUCUAUGGGGUCUCCUGGGACUACAAGUACCUGACUCUGAAAGUCAGAGCUUCCUACAGAAAGAUAAACACUGGCAUCCUAAACAUCCCAGGGACAGAUGAGGUAAAGCUCACCUGCCAGGCUAGAGGUUAUCCCCUGGCAGAAGUGUCCUGGCCAAACAUCAGUGUUCCUGCCAACACCAGCCACAUCAGGACCCCUGAAGGCCUCUACCAGGUCACCAGUGUUCUGCGCCUAAAGCCCCACCCUGGAAGAAACUUCAGUUGUGUGUUCUGGAACAUUAAUGUAAAGGAACUUACUUCAGCCAACAUCAGUGACCCUCAAAGUUGGAUAGAUCCAGAGGUCGCUCCAACUUCACUGCUUCACAUUUUCAUCCCUUCCUGCACCAUUGCUUUAAUUUUCAUAGCUGCAAUGAUAGUCCUAAGAAAAUGGCUCUGCCAAAAGUUCUAUUCUAGAAAAGACAAAACAAUAAGAUCUGUCACCACAAUAAAGAGGGAAGUGAAUAGAGCUGUGAAGCACCAGAAUUCCAGAGAAAUCAAUUAUGAAAACAACCCUAGAAAACCUUCUUCAAAUUCUAGGGUCUGUGUCCCGCUCAUAGAUGUGGCAGUCAUAAGCACAAAAUAUGACUGA